AAACCAACUGCCGAGCAGUCAGGGAUGGUGAUGAGGAAGAACGACCAGAUGUGUUAGACGAAGGGUUUUUAAUGCGCUUCCGAGCCCGACUGCCGCUACGUGCGAGAGGCUGUGCGAUAGCGACAACGGAACCACGACGAACAUCGCGUGCGAAAAGGCCCGGUGCAACCGGUUAAAAACCUUCUGCGGAGGGGGAGCAGCGGGAAGAAGAGGAGAGGAGGAAGACGAGGUAACGACGAGCAGGUCGCGCGGAGAAGGUUCUGGCGAGAGGCUGACGACGAGCUUAGCUUCUCAUCGGCGGAAAGGCUUGGCUGCUUGGUUGUUAGGAGAGGAAGAUCGACGUCGACAAAGAAGCUUGACGUCGCGAGAAAGAAAGAGAGAGACAGAGAGAGAGAGAGAGAGAGAGAGAGGGAGAGAGAGAGAAAGGGAGGAAGGGAAGAAAGAAAAAAAAUCAACGCGAAGGAUGACCGACCGAGAGAAAGUGCAGUGUCAAAGUCUGUGAUAGUAUUUAUUCAAAAACAACAUCGUUAUCAGCAGUAGCACCUGUGGACGUGUCAUCGUCGUUCGCGAGAAAGAAAGAACAACUGCGCGGAGAAGAGAUAUAUAGAGAUAGGCUUUAUAUAUUUAUUUGUAUCUGUGAUAUCGACGCUGAUAUACAUCGACCCUCUUCACGAGAAAUACGUGGCGAGACGAGAGAGAGAGAGAGGCGAGAGAGUGAGGAGAGAGGAGAGGAGAGUAAGUGAGAGAGGCGAGCGACGCGAAGCGAAGAUCUAAGAGGGAGAGAGAAAAUCGCUCCGACGGAAGAUUAUAUCAGUAUCUUAGUGGAUAGGCUUUUUUGUAUAUACGACUGACUUUUUUAUAAUUAUUGCACCGGUGCGAGUUACAAGAGUGAAGAACGAGCGCUCGGACAGAUCUCUCGAUUGUGGUGAACCAGUAAAUUGCUUCAUCUUUCAUCUGCAAGGACGAAGAGUGCACGAGGAAACAUGGUAGAGAAAAUUCUGGAGGAAAGAGAGGACGGUACUCAGGAGGCCGGACGAGGUGAUGGCACCUGCCGGGACGUAACUUCGACGGUGGAAUCUAUGAGCGCGGUGCAAGCUCGUCAGGAGGAGGCGAGACGCAAAAGGCGCAGGAAGAGACGUUCCGGUUCAUCAGUGGUAUCCUCCUGCUUUCAAGAACUGUACAAAUUGACCGGAGAAGUUCUCGGAGAGGGUGCCUACGCCUCAGUUCAGACCUGUACAUCCCUUUAUACGGAUCUCGAGUACGCCGUGAAGAUCAUCGACAAAAUUCCCGGACACGCGCGUGCCAGAGUAUUUAAGGAAGUCGAGACAUUUCACCAUUGCCAGGGCCACCCGAACAUUAUACAAUUGAUCGAAUUCUUCGAGGACGAGGAGAAGUUUUAUCUCGUGUUCGAGAAGAUCAAUGGCGGUCAGUUAUUGAACAGAAUUCAAGAACGGAUUCAUUUCACCGAGAGAGAGGCGAGUCAGAUCGUGAAGGAGAUCGCAAGCGCGCUCGACUUUCUUCACAAGAAAGGGAUUGCCCACAGAGAUCUCAAGCCUGAGAACCUCCUGUGCGUGUAUCCGGAUAAAUUGACACCGAUUAAGGUAUGCGACUUCGAUCUUGGAUCAGGUAUCAAAUUCAACAACUCGUUGUCUAGUCCUGUGGCAACGCCGCAGCUUUUGACGCCGGUGGGCAGCGCCGAAUUUAUGGCGCCCGAAGUGGUCGAGGCUUUCAUCGGCGAAGCCAAUUAUUAUGACAAACGUUGCGAUCUAUGGAGCCUCGGCGUCAUCAUGUAUAUUUUGCUCUGCGGCUAUCCGCCUUUCUACGGAAAUUGCGGCACCGAUUGCGGCUGGGGCAGGGGGGAGAAUUGUCAAGCCUGUCAAGAGUUGCUCUUUACCAGUAUUCAGGAGGGCAGAUACGAGUUUCCUGAUAAGGAGUGGCGAUGCAUCUCCGAGGACGCGAAGGAUUUAAUCAGAGGUCUACUCGUUAAGGAAGCUCAUCGGAGGCUCAGCGCUGAUAGUAUUUUGAAACAUUCGUGGAUUAAUCCUGGACCGACUUCUGUCGAAACUGGCGAUCGAGCACUUACCACGCCUCAUAUCAUAAGGAGGAACAACUCCGCUAGAGAACUCUCAGCAUUUGCUGAGUCCGCAAUGGCUGUGAAUCGCGUGGUACUUCAGCAUUUUUCUCUAAAUCUCGAGGAAUUGGCAGAGAACCGGGAGCCUAGAUUGUCCACGUCAUCGACCGACGACGACAAUCACCCCUACGGUCAUAUGUCUGAUUCCAGCAGCGAACUGUCUGAAAACAGCAAGCACUUGACAAUUCAUUCCUCCAGCGAGUUCGACGGUACGCGUCAAAAGUCGUGUUCCAUGCGUUCCAGUGUCGAUCUCAACGAUCCCAAGAUCAUCGGCAAGAAUCGCGUCAUAAGCAAGGAAUCGCUGCAGAAUUGGUUCGGGCUGUCACCGCCGAUCGAGAGCCGCCUGAUGCAACGCCGUUUGAAGGCACGCUCGGAUUUACUCGAACGUCAGACCAGCAAAGCGGUAAUUGCAUCUCCGAGUGGCUGAGAGGUCGUCGAACGAGAUAAAACCGAUCACUCUUUCUCGCUACAGUAUCACUUGUCUUUUUGUAGCUACAUGAGGUUGCGAAUGAUGUACAAUACUUUUUCCAACGGCUUUAGGAAGUUAGGGGUAAGUCGAGUCUUUGAUUCUGCGCGGAUAACGAGAACAGGCUCAAUCAUUUAUGAUAAUGACAACAGCGAUAAUAAUCGAAAAGUAUUCGCCGCAAAAAGUAAUCGAAAAGGAAGGAUAUUGUCAUCUUUUUUUUCUUCAAUAGCCUAAGCUGUUUUUGUUUUAAAUUUUUCUUUUAGUAGUUUGAUGAUAAUCAGAUUGCGUUCUUAUUUCCAGUGGAAAAUUCAAUUGAUUUUGCAUUAAAUAGUAACGCGAUAGUUAUAAUGUUACAUAAUUAUUAAAAUAACAUGUAAAAAAAUUAUAACGUUGAAGUAAAAGAUUUAUAUCUUUUCGUUUAGUGGAUAAAUCUCAAUUAUUAAUCAACUUAUAAUAUAACAAUGCGAUAUGAACAGAAUUGAAGAGUACUCCAUUGCGGCAUACAAGGACGAUAUUUGUCAUUUAUUAUUAUUAUCAUAAAAAAAAAUAUAUUUUGACUUCAAUAGUGUGCGUCACGCACAAUUAAAUCUUUUUUUCUAUUUCUUGGAAAUAAAAGCGAUCUGAUUUCAUCAAGCAUUGUAAUUUUUGCUGCGUGUUAUCCAUUACUCACGCAGUCAUAUUGUAUAUUGUACAGUAUAUAAGGGCUACACACACGCGCAUGGAACACAGUAUCAUCAUCCAUAGUUACACAAUACAAAUUCACAAAUAUAUAUAUAUAUAUAUCGAGUUUCAAAUACUUCAUUAUAAAAAAUAUCCCGAGGAUAAUUUGGAAGUACAUACAUUGGUGCGUCAAUUGAUGAAAUUGACGCAAUUUUAUUCCUUUGUUACGUAGUAGUAUACAUAUAUUGAGACACAUACGUGCGUUCAUGUAUAAAGAAAUUAAAAAAAGAAAAUGAAGAAAAAAAAGAAAAAGGGAGAUAAAUCGCGAUCCAUGAUACUUGAUGCGCUGCUGAACGCACGAACAUUCUAUUACGUAAAUAUUACUUUUAUUUGUUCGCUGAUAUUUUUCAAUAAAAUAGUCUACAGACGCAACCGAUGCAAGGCGAAAAAGAUGUUCCUUUUAUUGUUCUUUUGAUAUUGUUUCAAAUAUUAUUCGAGCCAUAAUAUAUCCUCAAACGGAGCAAACGGGUGAGUGUAUCUCGGCUCACGCAGGUGCAGAGUUAGUUUGCUCAUAUUAGAUUAAUAUAGAAAACGCGAUAGAUCGUAAGUCAGCAAGAUUUCAAAGUAACAUUCGAAAGAUACAAGUUACGCGAAAAUGGAUCAAAAAAGAGAAUGGCCACUAGUUUGUUUAAAAUUUCUCAGCUGUUAAAUCGUGAGAUACCGUUUGUUAAAUUGGUGUUACAUAUUUUUGUAGAGUUUUAUCGACUAAAAGUUGUUUUAAGCCCACCCACGGUAUUGCUUUAUAUUUUUCUACAAAAUAUUUACUUUCCUUAAAUUUUCUUCGUUUUUAAAACGCUGAUUGUUUGAUUGUUAUUCGCUUUUCUUCGUUUUGUUGCAAUUUCGCGCGAACCCACAAAAAAAUGACACGCGUUCCGAAUUCUAAGUUCGAUUUCAAUAGAAAUCGGUUAUUCGUACUUUCUUGCUUCGUCAUGUGUUUUCAAGCAAAAAGAAAAAGAUACACAAAAAGAAUUUCUUUCUUAUACACUUCUUUAUGCUGAUGCGGUGGACAGAUUUUACUCAAGGUAGCUGAGAAAACGCUGCGCACGUUAUUCUACAUUACACUCAUACAA